UCUUCAGUAACUGAAACGUUUAUUGAAAACGGCUGUAAGUCUCCACGACAUUCAAGUAAAUCCACAUUUAGCAUAAAUCAAUAAAGUGAAAGUAUACACUUCUCUUCACUGAAUAGCACUUAUUACCUGGAGAAUAUUUCCAACUCGUUUUCAGGUAACUACUCUUAUUGAAACUCUUUUACGUACCUGAGUAACUGAAGAAUGGAGGAGGCAAUCCAUAGAAUACCAGUAUUGAGAGUAUUAAACUCUCAAUACUCAAUGAGAGUACUUAACCAAAAAGGUCAGAGGAUAUUCCAAUGUCACAAAUGCCAUAGGAUAUACAAACAUCAGUCUUCCUUACAUCGCCAUGUACAAUUUGAAUGUGAUAAACCCCCAGCGUUCAUGUGUCCAAUUGAGGGCUGUAAUUAUAAGGCCAAACAGAGGAGUAGUGUUAAGAGUCACUUUUUUGCACGACACAUGCCUCAUUAUAAGUGUGAAUUGAACGAGUAGUUAAUUGAAGUGAUGGAAUUUUCGGUGGUGGCUUUUUCAGGAUAUAACGAUGGGGAAAGUGAUGAUACUUGUCGAGGAAAUACUUUGUUUUAUUUCAAGAUUAAAGUAUGAUUUUUGACAGGACGCCUUCAAGCGUGAUACAUGAGAGUUGUAUGAUAAUGCCUAGUGUGCUUUUUCCCUAGCCAUAGGCUAUUUAGCAAUUUCAGUUAUACAGAGUGCUUAAACAAAAGAUGCUUUUAAUUAUUAUUCUUUUUUGAUUUCUUUGCACUAAUUUACUCAUCCACUUUUUAAUUCAGCCAGGUUGAUAAUCAAUUUUGAAGUCUCAUUAAUUAAUCUCUUUUUCGUAUCCAUUUUCAGUAGAACUAAUAAAAAACAAUAAAAUUAAAGGAACACCGAAUUUUUUGAUUGAACUGGCUGUUAAAAAUAUACAGGCUGAUUUACCGCGAUGAUCUAUAAAUAACACGUUUAUGGAGAACUAAGCAACACGACAAUAUAUAAGCAGAUAAUUUUUCGAAUUCUGGAAUUUAUCCUUCAACUCUCAUAGAAUAGCAUAGAAAUGUUCUUUUUAUAUCAUCCUUCCAUACCUUUGAGGGUGUUAUAGUGCAGCUAAUAUCGUUUUAUGCUUAAUGUCCUAUGGGAUUCAGUGCCUAACAUCAGUUGUCAUCAAUUUCUUCCCCAUAGUUUUCUCUUGUUUAUAAAAAUUUUUCUUUCUGUUUUCUGUAAGAAUUUCGUUGUUCUCUUAGACUUUUUUUUACUUCUCCCCUUUUCCGGAAGUGAGUUGAUGUUGAAGCUUUUGUUUCUACUCGAUUAUACUAUAUUAUUCCAUUUUCUGUUGAAUUAUGUAUUUUACUUCAAGAUAACGCAAAAUCUGACAAUUCCGAAUGAAUAUAUUUUCUUCCAUGUUGAUACCAUUGAAUUAAAUGUCUUUUUAUAAAAUGUUACGUUCAUCAUUAUAAGUAUUCGUUUAAGUAUUAAUAAUUAUAGUUUUGAACACAUGAGAAGUCGAUAAUGUUCAGGGUAACAAUAAAAUUCUACCUCUGAA